CAUGGUUGGCGAGCGCCGCAAUGGGAACCUGCUGGUCCAGCUCGGCCCGCGGCUGCAGGCCUAUCCUGAGGAGCUGAUUCGCCAGCGAAGAACCCACGACGGCCAGACGGAGUACCUGAUUCGCUGGUGCCUCGUCACCAUCGACGAUGGUUCCAGCUCGGGGGGCGGAGCCAGCGAGGGGGCCGGGACGGGCGGAGGCGGCUCGGGUGUGGGUGGGUCGGGUGGCUCUUCUUCUGGAGAAACCAAACCGGAGAACAUCCUGAUGUGGAUGUCAACGGAGGACGUGUAUGCCAACUGCCCCACCCUGCUGGGCAAGAGGAAGACAGACUCGCAGCGCCCCCUACAGCCGCAGGAGAUGCAGCGCGGCGGCGAGGCGGCCGACGGAGGCCAGAGCGCCGCCGAGUUCCCGGCCGACGUUACGUUCGACGAGGUGGAGUUGUCGGACAUGAAGGAAGACGUGAAGAACCUGGUGUGUCGCGCCAGGAAGCAGAUGGCCAAGAAGAGCGACUUCUCCAUCAACAUCAUGCACACCAUCCACGUGCUGAGCGCCUACGCCAGCAUCGGCUCGCUGGUCGGCGUCUUCAAGGAGACCGGCGCCCUCAACCUGCUCAUGGAGCUGCUGUGCAACAAGGAGACGCAGACGAGGCGCAGCGCCGGCAAGAUGCUACGGGCGCUCGCAUCGCACGACGCAGGCAGCCGGGCCUACGUGUUGCUGUCUCUCAGUCAGCAGGACGGCAUCGAGCAACACAUGGACUUUGAUAAUCGCUACACUCUGCUGGAGCUGUUCGCUGAAACCACGUCUUCAGAGGAGCAUGGCAUCUCCUUCGAAGGGAUUCACCUGCCUCAGAUCCCUGGGAAGCUGCUGUUCUCUCUGGUGAAGCGUUACCUGUGCGUUACGUCUCUGAUGGACAAACUCAACACGGCGGGGGUGGAGUCAAGCUCUGACAGACAGGAUGCCAGCCCCUCCCCCGCCUCCUCCAGCACCGCCCACCAGGCCGAGCACCUGCGUGUCCAGCGGGAGUUCGACUUCACCAUGGCGAUGGCCAACCUGAUCUCGGAGCUGGUCCGAGUGAUGGGCUGGGACCGGAAUCGCCAGCCGCCUGAUGGCUCCGCCCACCACUCAGCAGGAGGCGGAGUCUGCGGAGAGGAGCAGGAGGAGGUGUCCCGGCCCGUCCUUAGGUCUAUCUUCCAGCCUCGGUUCUGCGCCUCACCCGCCGCUCUCACCGUUAGCUCUGCUGUCGCGGCGCCGGUUGCCACGCCACCAAAGAAGAAGACAGGAAACGGAUUUAAGACACGGUCGGACUUCGCCAGCCGCUCAGCCUAUGUGGAGUACGUCCAGGACAACCUGAAGAGCGGCAUGAUGGUCCGCAUGCUGGAGGACUAUGAAGAGGUGACUACCGGAGACGAGGGCGAGUUCCGCUACAGCAACGAUGGAUCUCCACCUGUACAGGUCUACUGGAACUCCCUGUCCAGGACCUACUGGGUCCACUGGCACAUGGUGGAGAUCCUGGGCAGCGGCAGCAGCAGCCAGGCCGAGAAGGAGACGCAGGAGAAGGCCUCGUCGCUGACUGAGACGCUCAAACUCACCGCAGUGAGCCAGACGUUCUUCUCGAAGCCUCCCGGUGGACUCUACUCGCUGCCUUACCUGUCCGAGGGCCAGCACGUGGAGCCGGCGGCGCUGAGCAGAGCCGAGUGGUGGGAGAUCCUCUUCUUCAUCAAGAAACUGGAGCUGAAGCAGCAGCAAGAGGUCAACAGCAUCCUGCUGCAGAACCUGGACGACCAGGAGGCAGAGCUUGAUGACUCGUCUCUGAUUGGUCUGUCUGUCCCCGGCGACGUGGCGAAGAAGCUCCUUCACUACCUGAAGCAGAAGCUGCCAUCUUCAUGCCUCAGCGACCUGCUCUGCUCUCACUCCUUCGUCAAGCAUUACCUGAGGAGAGGAGGAGGCAGCCUGGAGGACGAGGAGCUGCUGGCUGAAGGCUCUCUUGGUCCAACCGGCAUGGCGGGAGCCGGAGCUCCGAGCUUCUCCUCAGUGUCUUCAGCCUCCACGUCCUCAUCUUCAGCGAUGGGCUCCGUCUCCAAGAAGGCUAAGAAGGAGCUUCCGUCCGAUUCGGGCUGCGGCAGCUCGGAGACGGACAGCGAGCUGCCGACGGAGGACGACAGCAAAUACCCCGACGACCUGGAGGACAAGAUGAAAGUGUUCAACAACCCACGGGUUCAGGGCAAGAAGACGGUUCUGGAGAAGCUGGGUGAGGUGGUGGACAUCCUGAAGAAGGCGGGCUCUGGCUCGGACCAGAACCAGCAGCUGGCCGCCGUCCUCUUCAUCACCAGGCUGCUGGAGGAGAAAGGAGCUCAGGAGAAGAACUCCAUGAGGAGCGACUCGGCCCAGACCAUACGGGACAAAGUUCUGAAGCUGCUGGUGGAGCUGCUCGGCUCGUCCUCCAGAGACGUGGUGGUGAGCACGCUCAGACUGACCCACGUGCUCAUGCUCAAGUACGAGUGGAGGGUUUCCUUCGCCACCGAGGGCGGAGUCAAAGCCGUGCUGUCCUGCAUGCAGGAGUUCUCGUCCGUGGCACACGUGCAGCAGCUGGCGCUGGCGACCCUGAAGGUCAUCACCGGCGCCAGCAAGCACGACCUGCGCAGCGUGGGCAGCAGCCCGCCGCUGUCCGAGUCCGGCACCCAGAUGAUGCUGGAGAUCUUCGCCAGCAUCGGCUCGGCCACGCCGGAGGGCUCCCGAGGCCUGCUGGCCGCCAUCCCCGCCGCCAUCGAGCUCAUGCUGAAGACCAAGGGCUGCAGGCUGUCGGUGCGUAACGGGCUGCUGGUCAUCAUCAUGCUCAUCUCCAACCACAAGAGCCUGGCCGAGCAGCUGGUGGCCUGCGACGUCACUGCCGUCCUGAAGAAGUGUCUGACGCUGUCCAGAGCCGAGACCAUGCUGGCCAUCAUCGCCCUCAACCACAUCUCCAUGGUGCACAAGCUGGACAGCAAAGAGUGUCGUGAGCAGCUGGACUUCAAGGACACUGAGCUGCAGAUGUUAGUCGUCAGUCUGAAGGAACUGACGUCCACCAAAGAAGUGAUCCAGACUCUGGAGCAGCUUCUGUGUGACGAAGCUCUGCAGCUGGAGGAGGAACGCAACCAGGUGACCAGCAGUCGGGACACCUACCAGGACCUGGUGCGUCUGAUGGAGCAGCAUCGGGCCGACCGGGCCGCCCAGCUCUCCAUCCUCAGUGUCGUGCAGGUGAGCGAGCGUUUUGCUCAGUACAUCGAUCAGAUGAUCCAGACCAGUGGAGCAGCGUCCGGCAGCGUCGAGACUCUGGAGCGGCUGCAGCAGUUUCUGGAGCCGAUGCUCUUCCUGUCGGGCCUGGAGCUUGCCAACACCUUUGAGCAUUUCUACAGGUAUUAUCUGGGCGACCGGCUGCUGGCUCAGGGGAACGUCUGGCUGGAGAGCGCCGUCAUCGACCAGAUCGGCAGCUGCUUCCCGAGUCGCUUCCCCCAGCAGAUGAUGAAGAACUUGAGCGAGUCAGCCGAGCUGCAGCAGGAGUUCCACCUGUACCGGCUGCAGCAGCUGGACCGGCGCCUGCAGGAGCACGACCAGAUGAUGGAGGAUGAGUGGGCGGAGUCAGAAGACGAGGCCGAGGUCCAGGUUCUGGUUCUGUCUCCUCGCUGCUGGGCCGUUUCCUCGCUCUGCUUCCUGGACGAACCCACAAAACAUUUUCCAUCCGAACUCUGCUCCUACCUGAACCAGUUCACCCAGUUCUACACCCACAGUCAGUCCAUGUACGGUCUGAGUCACUCGAAGCCCCGGCGGCUGCAGUGGACGUGGCUCGGACACGCUGAGCUGCAGUUGGGCUGCUGGACGCUGCACGUCUCUACGCUGCAGAUGUUCAUCCUGCUGCACUUCAACCACCACCAGGACGUCCAGGUGGAGUCUCUGCUGCAGGUGACCGGUCUGUCUGCUGCCGUCCUGCUUCACGCUCUGCAGCCGCUGGUCAGCGAUGGUGGCCCGUUGACCUGCAGCCCUCCGGACGACCCGAGUCACGGUGUGCUGCGGCUGAACCAGCAGGUGGUGUCUCGCAGCGUGGACGGCGUCCCGGUAUCCGUCCAGCUGCUGCCCAGACAGACGUACCUGAACGUGGACGAGGACGCGGCGGGAACGCUAGAGAGGAAAAGGAACUACAUCUACUGCCUGAUCGUCCACAUCAUGAAGCAGGAGAAGGAGAUGCACAUCGACAACCUCGUCUUCAAGGUUCUGGACUCGUGUCAGAAGCAGGAGGCGUCGCGUUCGCCGGGCGGCGGCAGUUUCAGCUGCAGCACCGGCGACGUGCUGUCCUGCAUCAUGCACGUCAUCAGCAAAGGCUGCAUCCGCCGCAACGAGGAGAACCCGCACAUCGUGGAGUUCCUCCCCGAGGACCCGUCCACGCCACAGAAAGGCCAGGCACAGUUUUCCUUCAGCCGGGCUGAGAUCCGGAAGGACGGCGCCGAGAGCCGGGCCGACAUCAGUGGGGUACCGGCGCUACGGCGGUUCGAGGAUGGAGUUCUGGACGCGGUUCUGUUCUCAAUGGGUCGGACAAUGACGCAGGAGGAGGUCCGACAGCUGAUGCAGAGGACGGUCCAACAGGUUUCAGGGACUCUCAGUCUGGACCUGGACCGGGCCGAACACCUGCUGGUUCACUGUAAGUGGAACGUGGACCUGCUGGUGCAGCGUUACACCGACGACCCUGAUGCCCUCAUCAUGGCUGCCGGCCUCAAGUGCCGGAACCCUCAGCCGCCGCCGAGCCCCGCCUCCACCUGCCCAGUCUGCCUCGGGCCCAGAACUGGCGCCAUGGAACCAGUGCUGUCGCUGAGCUGCAUGCACUACUGCUGCCGGUCGUGCUGGCAGGAGUACCUGACGGCGAGGAUCGAGCAGAACCUGGUGAUGAACUGCAACUGUCCAAUCACGGACUGCCAGGCUCAGCCCACGUCACACUUCUUCCUCAGCAUCCUCACCGACAAGGACACCAUCGCCAAGUACGAGAACGCGCUGUUGCGAGGCUACGUGGAGUGCUGCUCCAACCUCACCUGGUGCACAAACCCGCAGGGCUGCGACCAGAUCCUCUGCAAGGAGAACAUGGGCAGCAUGGGGACCUGCUCCAAGUGCUGCUGGUCCUCCUGCUUCAGCUGCAACUUCCCCGAGGCCCACUACCCCUCCAGCUGCAGCCACAUGUCCCAGUGGAUGGAUGACGGCGGCUACUAUGAGGGGAUGAGUAUGGAGGCUCAGAGCAAACAUCUGGCCAAGCUCAUCUCCAAACGCUGCCCCAGCUGCCAGGCUCAGAUCGAGAAGAACGAAGGCUGCCUGCAUAUGACCUGUGCCAAGUGUAACCACGGUUUCUGCUGGCGUUGUCUGAAACCCUGGAAACCAACACACAAGGAUUACUACAACUGCUCCGCCAUGGUGAGUAAAGCAGCGCGACAGGAGAAGAAGUUCCAGGAUUAUAACGAGAGAUGCACCUUCCACCAUCAGGCCAAGGAUUUCGCCGUCAACCUGGAGAACAAGGUGUCGUCCAUUAAUGAAGCUCUGCAGAUGAAGUCGCUGACCUUCGUCAUCGAUGCCUGUAAAGUUCUCGCUCAGGCUCGAAAGGUUCUGGCCUACUCCUGCGUCUACAGCUACUACAACCAGGAGACGGAGAAGAUGGACGUGAUGGAGCAGCAGACGGAGGCUCUGGACCUGCACACCAACGCUCUGCAGAUCCUGCUCGAGGAGACUCUGCUGCAGUGCACUGACCUGGCCUCAUGUGUCCGGCUGCUGAAACCAGAACACCUGAACACCGGACUAGAACUGAUCCGACGCAUCCAGGAGCGCCUGCUGGCCAUCCUGCAACACUCCACACAGGACUUCAGGGUUGGAUAUCAGACUAAGAGCAGCCAGGAGCUGGAGUCUCCGCAGGCCUCCAACCUGUCCAACCACACCGACGCCAACAAAGUGUCCAAGUCGGACCGAGCGUCGGACUCCGGAGACUCGGACAACAACAACUACACGGGGGAGGAGGGCGGCGAGGAGGCGGAGGACGAGGACGACGAGUACGAUGAGGAGUACGUCCCCGAGUGGCACGAGGACUACGACGAGGACGACAUUGACGAGGACGACUUUUUCUCUGACGACGACGAGUCAGAGAACCUGGAGCGGGACUUCAGCCCCUUCGACUGAGCCGGGCGGAACCGCCGGCGCCUCCACGAGUCGGAGGUGAGGACGAGCCUCCUCCUCCCCACGUCCGCCGUCGUCGUCUGAGGACGACGGAGGCGAUCACAGCGACUCCUCCUUCGCCAGAACUCCCCCAAACACAGCUGCACUUGCUUCACUUCUGUAAUUCACCUUCUGUGUUUCCACGGAGUCGAAGUACGGAAGAGCCUGAGGGACAAAACUCAAACUGUCUGAGAUUCAACUUCAGUCCUGAAAAAAUAAGACACAAGUUUGGUCUUUAAAACACAAGAAGAAAUUAUAGUCAUGAUAUUUUUAGUUUUUAUAUUUAUUCACUGGUCGGUGGAACCAGUCUGAAACCAGUUCAAACUAAAUCUAAAACCAGUUGGAACCAUUUACAUAAGACCUGUCCGGAACCGGGGGAAACUGGGCGAAAACGAAGUUGAACCUUCUUUUAAAAAAAGUUUUGUUAAGGAGGUUUGACUUGGUUUAAAACCUGUUUAAGAUGGUUUCAGACCAGUUAAAACCAGCCUGAAGCCAGUUUACACCCACUUUAAAACUUCAAAAGUUUAAAUUCAGAAAGAAAGAGUUGAAUCUGGCUGAAAAUGAAGUUAAUAUUGUUUUGAAACCAGUUUAAAAUAAAGAGAAGUAUGCUAAUGAUAGCAUCUGAACCAGAUAAAAGCAAACUGAAAAACAGGUCAGUCCGGUGUGGAACCAGUUCAGAACCACUCAGCAGUCUGACACUUUUCUCUCCACGUUUUCUUUUUAAUCCAGAUUUGACUCUCAGAACUGGUUUCGGUGUCCCAACGUCUCUUCCGUACUGACCCAUCUGGGCUCGGUCCUGGUUCUGGAUCUUUUCCAGCGGACGUUUGUUGGUUUGUGAUGACUCACAGAACAAAAUGUGUGUUUGUUUGCUGCUUGUUGGGUUUCAGUAACGGACAGUAAUUCAGAGCCGGACUGCAGGUCCAGCUCUGUCCAUGUUCUGCUGUAGAACCUUUAGUUCUUCACAUUCUGCCUUGGUUCUGUUCUGAUGGAGGCUGCCUUCAUUCAAAAUGCAACACGUGUAGAUUUUCUGGCUGAGUUUUUUACAAGCUGCAGGAUGUUUCUAUGCAUCUGAAACGUGUUGAGCGAAUCGGCCUCCAAGUAUCACUGCAAUAACCGAAGACUGCGAGCUGCUGCGUCUCAGAAGGACGCGUUCGGACGAGAACUCGGACUUCUGAGGUUCCAGCUCCCUGUUUUGCUGUAAUUUUGAGAGAUCCUAUAUUCAUAUUGUUGAUGUUCUAUAAAGUUCUUUCUGGUUUCUUUGUUGGAGUCGAGCGACUUCAGCCAGCAAAACUAAAUAAAAGCUUUUUCUGCUACGCUGCA